AAUAGGUAACAAUGACAGCCACAGUGGAUGAGACAGCCAGUAUGGACAGUGAAGAGGUUCCCAGGAAGAGACUAAAGUUCAGGUGCUACAAACCUCACGAUAACCAACUUCAGGGUAAACAGUUGGAACAAGUUGAAGCUACAUCAAUAGUCAGUACAGUAACAGGUAUACUGGACAAGGCGACAGCACAGUCUACAGAGGUGGAUCUCAACACACUUGCUCCCAGGAAAGCUAACUGGGAUUUGAAGAGAGAUGUGGAGAAGAAAUUAUCAAAAUUAGAACGAAGAACAAAACGAGCGAUGGCAGAGAUGAUACGGGAGAAGUUGAAAGCUGAGCGGGACAUCAUAGCUGGGGCAGGACAAGACGAGGGAAACGAUAGCGACUGAUGUGGACUCCUUGUUUUAUUUACGUGAGAACGACUCAAGAUAAAAAUGUUACUGCUCAACUUUUGAGUUGAAUAUAACAUGGAUAUUAUACUGCGGAUUAUGCCUAUUUUUACUUUUUAUGUUAACCGUAUUUACGCAAGUUGUCAUGAAUUCGAGAUUAUGAGGCGACUAAAGAAGAUACAUUUUUUAAUCGAACAUGACUUUAUUUCUACUGUGAAGGUAUAAAAUGUACCUGUUUGAACAAAGUUACCUGGAAAUGAGCGAAGCUGUAAUUUCUAUUUUUAUCUUAUUAUAUAUUAUUAUCAUCUUAUUUGUUAAAUUAAAUUAACUCACCCAAUACAAACUUGUACUAAAA